UAAAACUAAAUUAACAUGAAAAAUAUCAAUUUAGCUAUAAAAGCAAGAACAAAUGUUUGUUGUUCAGGAUGUACUGUCUGGAAUAAAGAAGAACCGUCCAAAAUACGUUUAUCUGCCUUAGAGAUUGGAUCCGCCAUUUUUGAGAGGUCACGUGAGCGAUCCGAUUCAAAUAUUUACGCCGGGGCCGGAGUAGCCUUUGCUGUGGUAAUCGGAGCACUUCCCGCCAUUUUCCAGCUUUCUUCGAUCAUUAAAACUUUUCAGGAUGAAGUGUGUUUUGAAUCCUUAAUUCAGAUCAUUUAUUUACCUUACAGUUUGGAUGUUGAAGUAUCCAUGAACUCUAUUCUUCGUCAUCCCAGCUUUAAGGCCAUCAUUUUGCUUAAUCUAGUUUGUAUUCGUAUACUGCUAUGGUCAGCUUUCUUUUUUCUACUAGCAGUCACAGAGAAGGCAUUUAGAAGAAGGUUUCAGAUUGCCAAACUCUUCUCUCAGAUUACAUCAACUAGAAGAUCGAUGAAAUCUAGAAUACCGCAUUUUCGUCUUUACAAAGUUAGGAAUAUAAAAACCUGGUUAUGUGUGAGAUCCUUUCUACGGAAGAGGGGUCCUAAGAGGAGUAUCGAUCUUAUUGUCAGUGCGGCGUUUAUGAUAACCCUGGGAAAUGUUCUUUUCCUAUGCUAUGAGCUGCUGAAGGAUGAAGAUGUCAAUCCAGAGUUUAACCGUAGGAACACAGAGGUGAUCUGCUGCAGCUUGUUUAUCGGUUGUUUUCUCAUCCGAUACAUGACCCUCUCAAGUAAAAUAAACCAGAAGUACUGGAACCCUAGUGUACUGCUCACAGAACAGAUAAACUUGUAUCUACGGAUGGAGGAGAAACCUGAAAAGAAGGAACAGCUAACUCUUGCAAAUAAUGUACUCAAACUUUCAGGAGACCUACUCAAGGAACUAGAGAAACCCUACAAUAUUGUUGGUUUAUCUGCUAAUCCCUUGCUUUACAAUAUAACCAAGCUACUGGUCUUAUCCGCUGUAUCAGGUAAAACAUACAAUCAUGCAUUAGUUUCCUAG